UCUCUCUCUAAACUAGUUUGGUUGCUGCACUCUCCAGAUGUCUGUUGGUUAUCGAUAAUGUUAGAUCUCUUCACCGUGACGUUUGUAUCAUCAAUUAGGAAUUAAACACUUAAGGAUGAGUGUAAUUACAUCACGUGCUUCCAGAGGCCCUACCUCACCUUACAAGAUGUCUGAGAGAAAAGCUGUUAUCAAGAAUGCUGAUAUGUCUGAGGAUAUGCAGACAGAUGCUAUUGAAUGUGCGACUCAAGCUCUGGAGAAGUUCAACAUAGAGAAGGACAUUGCUGCUUAUAUCAAGAAAGAGUUUGAUAAGAAGUACAACCCGACAUGGCAUUGCAUUGUGGGUCGUAACUUUGGAAGUUAUGUCACCCAUGAAACCAAACAUUUUAUCUACUUCUAUUUGGGCCAAGUUGCUAUUCUUUUGUUCAAGUCAGGAUAGUUUAAGACUGAAGAAAUAUGAAAAUGUAUAAAUAUAUUAUAUAUAUAAAAGGAAGAAAAAAAUGCGAAAAGGAUGGGUAGCAUCUUUUUCUGUUAUUUAUUUUUUAUUUUCUUUUUCUUUCUCUCUUUCUUUAAGACACUUGAGUAAUGUUUCAUGGUGACCAUCUCCACUUCAGCUUCUGCCUGUUACUGUUACAAGGGUAGCUGCUAAAGAUUCUGCUCACAUCUUUUUUUUCUGGGUUUUUUUUUUUACUUUCUUCGUUAAACAGCUUUAAGACAGCACUCUGACCAUGCCCUAAACAAAUGGGCAACAUUUUAGCACAGAAAAAGAAUAACAAAAACAAAAACCAACCAACCAACCAAAUCUGCAAGUGAUGGCAAUUUUUUAUAUUCCUUUUAACUUUGAAUUAAACUUUCUCUUAACAUAAUUUGUCUUUGCCAGGAGUUGUAAGAAAACAAAUUAUAUAACACUGUGCAAGUAUUUAAUUUUAUCAUGAUAAUAAAAAUUAAAUCUUGCAAUUAUCAUUUUUUUUUUUUCUCUCUCCUCUAUAUUAUAUUCACGACUCAUUUUAAAAUCUGACCAGCUUCACCAUUGUCGAAAAGUAUGCAGACUGGGAUGGUAGCUAAUUGAUUCUAGUAGCCCUCAACCAUGACUGACUCGUUUUGUUUUUUCUCUCUCUCCUUCGUCCCCCCUAUUUGUUUUUGUUUGUUUUUUUAUAUAAUUUUUCUUUUUGUUUCCACUUAAGUAAAAUACGGUCAUUGCACAUGUUUAGUCCCAUCUCCCGGUUUUACCAGUGCUCAUUUAGGAACAUCUUUUCUCUGAACAGUCUUCCUCUUUUGAGCUGUAAAUAUUUUCUCCUCUCUAAAAUCUCAGCAAAUGGAAAGCAAAACCACAAAAAAAAAAAACCUGCUACUUUGCUCUAUAAAUGUGUCUGUUAUACAGAAUUUCCACUGUUAUAAUAAUAAUAAUAAUAAUAAUAUUGUAUGAAUUAAAGAUAACAAAGGCAUUUAGCUAUAAUCUGUUAGUUUGAAGGUGUGUAUGAAUGAUGUUUAAAGUUAGCUACUGUUGGUGUUUCUGGUUUUCUCUUCUACCAUUGUAACCUGUCAUAUUUUCUUUGACUACAUUUUUGUAAAUAUAAACUUUUCUGUGUUAUUUGACCUGUUAUUUUCUUUUUUUUGUUUUGUGUUUGUUUGCCAAAUGCGAGACAGCUAUUUGUCAAAUUUGUUCAUGAAUGAUUUUUUUUUUUUUAAUUUAACUUUAUUUUAGAACAAAAUUGGUUACAGAACAUUGUUAAAACUGUUUUAAAGUCAAUGAUGUAUAUUUAUAAGCACCGAUCUGAGUUGGAAGAAGAGACAAAAAAAAAAAAAAAAAAAA